GGUGAAAGUCACGAUCCACUCCAUUGUGAGACAUCCUUGCCGAUAUGAAGCUAGUCUUUAGCGACUUCCUCGAUAAGAGCUUCAUCAACACAGUAUUCAGUUCCUAGUCAAACUCACAGCCAGCAAGCUUGCUCCGGAAACUUCUGCCAUUGGAGGAGCUGAGCAAGUCACCUACGAUGUCUCUCGAUCCACCUCCAUAUCUUUCGUCGCUCCAGAACAACAUCCGCAGCCGACCUAUUCCCUGGGAUGGAGCUGUGCGAGCUGGUACGAUCAGCGAUGAUCAAUUGAGCAAGAUUCGCGCCGUGGAUAAGGUCAGGAAGGAGCAGAGGAAACAAGUAGUGGAAGGUAAUUUGGAUGGGUACCGGGCAUUGUUCGUGGGUGCUCAAGGAAAGCUAAGUGUCUUGGAAUCGGCUGCGAGACGUGCAGACGUGGUUCAGUACAUCUUGGUUCUGCUGAAGGAUUUGCUGGAUGGCAUUGCAACACUUGCGAAAGCUCUUUCUGAACAUCCCGACCCUUAUAGCUCCUUCAUGCCUCUUCUCACGCAGUCCAACGACCCUGAAAGCCCAAUACCUCUCCUUACGUCGACGGUUCUUGCAAGCAUGAUUGCUGGCGCUCCAAUCUUGACGGGCAAAGAAUCGAAGGCACUACCUGGUCUCUUCUCAUACUUGUCGACCUUGACCAAACAAACCGAUGGAGGCCUUCAGGACAUCGCAGUGCUUCAAUAUUCUGCGUUAUUGAGGGGAAAGCAGUCAAGGCAACUGUUCUGGGAUCAAAGAACAGAGACUGUUGGCCCAUUGAUGGAUAUAUUACGAGCUGCAGCAGGCGUACAAAGUGGUGACUCGAGCUCGACCUUGUGGAACGGUACUGCCAGCGUACGAAGUGGACCUGAAGGUAGCCUUGGAGGUGGGGUUGGUCUACAAUUACUGUAUCACGUUUUGUUGGUCCUUUGGCAGCUCAGCUUUGAGGGAGCUACAGUUGGAGAGGGGCUUGAAGACGAGUACGAUAUCAUACCUCUCUACGCACAGCUUCUCAAGUUGUCGCCAAAGGAGAAGACAACGAGACUCCUCAUAUCUACAUUGUACAAUCUUCUCUCAACGAACAGAGAUAGUCUACUGCCCACUGCUGUUCUUGCCCGUAUUCCAUCACUGCUUCAGAACAUAACAGGCCGCCACCUUUCAGAUCCAGACCUCCUCGAGGACCUCCAAAACCUGACGGACAUGCUAGAUGAAUAUACCAAGACGCAGACUACAUUCGACGAAUAUGCUGCUGAAGUAAACUCGGGACAUCUGCGAUGGUCUCCACCCCACCGCAACCCCACCUUCUGGGCCGAGAAUGCUCGCAGAAUUCUCGAGCAUGAGAAGGGCGAAUUGCCUAAAAAGCUUGCAGAGAUCAUGAGCAAGCCCUGGGACCAGGACAAGCAAGUUCUUGCUAUUGCAUGCAAUGAUGUAGGAUGUCUCGUCAAGGAAGUACCCGAAAAGAGGUAUCAAUUGGAAAAGCUGGGUCUGAAGACAAGAGUUAUGGAAUUGAUGCAGGAGCCAAAUGAGGCAGUCAGAUGGGAAAGCUUGAAUGCUUUGUCAGGCUGGUUGAGGUAUAGCUUUGAAACGAAGUGAGGGAUGCCAUGAUGAGGGACGGAUGGAUGAUAGAGAUUCUGGAGCUGUAUUAUCAUUUCACAGCAGGGGCUCGGUUUAGCUUGCUAUGGGGCUUUCGUCUACAUACCUUUUUUGACGAGCAUUGGCAUCCAAUGCUAUGAUGUUAGAGUAGAAAGUGGAAUCCUAAUUUUCAAACUCGCCC